AUGAAGGUCGAAUUUGCUCCUCGCCACAUCCCGCUGGAGAGGAGGCUCCAGACGGCAUCCGUGCUUCAAUGGGUCUUCAGUUUCUUGGGCCUGGCUCAGUGCUGCAUUGCCGUCUUCAUCCUCCUCCUCUUCACUCGCUUCUGGCUGAUCAGCGCCCUCUACGCUGUCUGGUGGGCUUUCGACUGGGACACCCCCAGCAAAGGUGGGCGGAGAUUGUGCUGCGUCCGGAAUUGCAUUGUCUGGCGAUACAUGAAAGAUUAUUUCCCCAUUACGCUGGUGAAGACGGCGGAUUUGGACCCAAGCCAAAACUACAUCUUUGGCUUCCAUCCCCAUGGCAUCAUGGUGGCUGGGGCCUUCAUUAAUUUCUGCACCGAAGCCACCGGCUUUUCCAAACUCUUCCCGAGGCUGAAGCCUCACAUGAUGAUGUUGAAUUUGUGGUUCCGAGCCCCCUUUUUCCGGGACUACGUGAUGAGUGGAGGUGUAAUCCCCUCGGACAAGGAAUCCGGUUUGUAUCUCUUGAGGAAGAAGGAAGGUGGGAAUAUCGUGGUCAUCGCUGUGGGAGGGGCGCAGGAAGCGCUGGACGCCCGUCCUGGAGCUUACACUCUCCUGUUGGAGAACCGGAAGGGCUUCGUUCGACUGGCCAUAGAGAAUGGGACGCCGCUCGUUCCCGUGUUCUCCUUCGGCGAGAAUGAGCUUUUCGACCAGGUCGAAAACCCCAAAGGAUCUUGGCUGAGAUGGACGCAAGAGCGUUUGCAAAAGAUCAUGGGGAUCUCCCUGCCCCUCUUCCACGCCAGAGGGGUCUUCCAAUACACCUUCGGUUUCGUGCCCUACCGGAAGCCAAUCUACACUGUGGUGGGAAAGCCCCUCCCGGUGAGGAAGAAGCACAAUCCCAGCCAAGAAGAAGUUGAUGAGCUACACGGGAAGUACCUGGAGGCCCUCUGCAAACUGUUUGAGGACCAUAAAUUGAAGUACAACGUGCCGGAAGACACUCAUCUCUCUUUCAUAUGA